CAGGACUUUCCUGUCCUCAUUUUUCCCUUUCAGUCAGUCUAUGAUGAAAAAACCUCUUUUGCCUUUUGAAGUUCUAAGUUACAGGUAGGUCAUUGUUCAAUGUUCUCUCAUCCUACUAGAUGCGUCACUGGAAUCGUGUUCUUUAUCCUUGCCGUCAUUUGUCUAUUCCACCGAUCCUCGAGAGUAUUGGUUAUGUAUCCAAAAAUGCCAUCAGGUGAAGGCUGUGACGAUGCCCCUGUGAAUGGUCGGCGUUCACGCCUUUGUUGUCCAAACACACAUUCUUCUAAGCUACUUCAUCCCAUCCGUGAUUUGGCGCCAACAUAUGUUCAGCUGAUUCAUGAGUUUCCAUCUGUAUGUCGAGGUUCCUGGGAGCCCACUAGUUGCCAAGCCAAUCAAAAAGUUGCAAUCCUCAUUCCUUUUCGAAGUCGUGAAUUACAGCUGCGUCUACUCCUUGGUCGGUUACAUCUCAUCCUUCAGCAGCAAAAUGUUGCCUACAGUAUUUUUGUAAUCGAUCAGAGUGGUGCUGAUCCAUUCAAUCGAGGACUUUUGCUGAACAUCGGUGUUCGGGAGUCUCUACGACGUGACCCAAACAUUACUUGCUUCGUUUUCCAUGAUGUCGACUUGUUGCCUGAAAACAGUCAGAAUCUUUACUAUUGUGAUUCCAGUCUCCGCCACCUUGCAUCCGGAGUCGACGAAUUUCGCUACCAUGUGCCGUUCUCUAACUACGCUGGAGGAGUAACUUCGCUUUCGAAAGAUAAUGUUAUUAAGAUAAAUGGAUUUCCCAACCGCUAUUGGGGCUGGGGGAAUGAGGAUGAUGAAUUGGCUGCACGCUGCAUGGUGAAUGAUAUAAAGCUGUCCCGGCCUCCGGAACAUAUCGGGCGCUAUCAUGCUGUGUCCCACGUUAAAGCUCAUCGCGGAGCAGGACACUACGACUUAUUUUUGAGUUUCCGCGGAUAUCUGAACGAUGGACUGAGCGCGCUCAACGACCACUCUUAUCACGUGAUUAGGGAACACGUCCCAACCCAACAAACUCUUUUACUUCCACUUCCUCCGUUACUCAAUACUUGUGCACUCACCCAGUUGGCCCUCUCCUUAAACACUUCUGUUGCAGCAGUUAGAGAGGCGAUCUGGAACACAGUACAACUCACCAACCUCAGCAGUGUACGGCGGAUAGAUGUGGACAGGCUUCUUCGUCCGAUUCUCUACACACACAUCACCGUUGAUGUUAGUCCCAUUCGAAGUAGACCGGUUCACCCGCUAAAGCACACACGCGAGUCCUGGAUAUGGUUUCUACGUUUCUACGGAUGGAUCUGAACUUAUUUAUUGUAAUUUCAUGUAUUUUUGAAGAGGCAUAGUUAUGUUUCUCCUGACAACCCCCAACUUUUCAUCUCGUACAUGCUGUGAUCCCUUGUCUUUUUAUGUCAAAACGCGAAACUCUUCAACCAAACAACUUCACCUAUAUAAGCCACCUGAAGAUUUCUUGGGGCAACAAUCUUCCAUUUCGGUCUGUUGAAGGCCAUUCACGGAGAUCUAGUUCUAUUGUUUGUGCUGCUCGCCUUUACGCAUCAUAAAGGCUUAAUCGUCAAUUGUGAAUGAAAAACUCAUAUAUUAUAGGUGAUGUUCAUUGUUU